AUGUCACAGCUGCACAUGGCUGGUUUGCUUUACCUGCAGUACGGAGACGAAACCAAACAGGUUUGGAUUCCUGCAAAGGUUCGACAUUGGGAUUGUCUGCUGGCUCUGUUUGUCUCUGCCUUCCCUCAGAAGCUCUCCAUGAAGAUGCCGCAGUCCCCCAACAUGGCCAUCUUCAUCAGAAACCCUGGCUGUAACAUCUACUGGCACCUGGAUGAUAUCAGAAGUGUGACCCCUCACUCAUGUCUGAAGGUUUCUCAUAAAGACUCAGCUGUCCUUUUCAGUCGUCAGAGCAGGACUGCCAACACAGACCAGUGGUUACACAAAGAGAUCUUGGACAGACCUACGAACCCAGUCCAAACGUGCUCUCCCUCUGGCUGCAUUACCAUGCAUAAUAUCCAGGAUUCCAUGUCUCCACCCAAGGUUUGCUCCAUGCCUUCAUCUCCUUCCAGAAUAAUCUGUAGUGGGAGCCACACACGAAGGGCCUCAGAGGUACUGGAUUCAGGGAAUGUCACUUUACCUCGAGAAGGUCGGUCCAGAAGCUUGCGCAGUAGGAGCAGUGCCAUCCUGGAGAGGAUCGAUGUCAAACCUGAUGACCAUUUUGGUACCACUAUGGUUGUACGCGGUGACAGAAGACAUUACCCCAACUCCUACUGCUCCUCCACACAAGAUGGAGUCAAAGGUCAGCCGAGCAUCGCCCUGUCUCAGUGCAGCGCGCCUCCCUCUUUCACUGCCGACCUGCUGAACGUCGGUGUCCCGCGGAUUCUUGGAGGCCUGCAGCAAUUCCGGGCUUCCAUUAAACCCCUGGUGGCUUCUGAGGAAAGACAGGACCAUGAGAGUCACUCCCUUCACAGUGACAGAAUGACAGCGAUGGAGGAGCAGAUAGCCAGCCUGGCAGGUCUGGUGCACCGAACUCUGUCUGCGGGAAAGGACGCUACAGGAUCCAAGGACAACCUUAGGUUAAUGACACAUGACACACGUAAGAGACUGAAAAUGAAAUUGAACUGAAAUGAACCAAGACCCUGUUAAAGUGGAAUUAAUGUUCACAGUGAGUCUUUUACACAAUCACACUAUAAUUUGAGAAUGUUUGUUUGUUUGUUUGUUUGUUUCACUCCUCCUCCCAGGUGUUUCGGUCA